AUGUUAAUAGAAAGACGUCUUGAUGAAGAGAAAGCUUUAUAUGAACAGAAAAAAAAGGAAACCGAUGAACCCUACUUAUAUCUGUCUAUUAAGAUUGUGACUCCAGCUAUCUUUGAACGCUAUCAAGGAUUCGAUCUUGUAAACUUCAAGGAACGACAAUAUCCGCUAUCUGAGCUUCCACAGUUUAAGAUUUUGAAAAGUGAGACAUAUGAGGCUUUCAAAACUAUGAUCUCCCAAAAAUUUGAGAUUCCAGUUGAACAAAUAAGACUCUGGAUUUUUGUAAAACGACAAAAUAGGACUAUUAGACCAGAUACUCCAAUAACAGAUGAUUUUCUUGGCAAGACAAUGGAAAUAAUACGCAAAAAAAUGGUACGAAGAUACAAUGAAUUGAAAUUAUUUUUGGAAGUGGCAAAACCAAUUAAUGGCAAAGUAGUACUUAUACUUUUAUAUUAUGAAAUGCUUGACAUUAGUAUUGUGGAAUUAGAAACUAAGAAAUUCUUUAAAGUAUACUGGCUUGGAACAACUGUCAAGGAAGAGGAUGUGAUUGAUAUUUGUCUUCCAAAAACCGCUAUAGUCAAUCAAAUUUUUCAAAUAAUUAUAAACAAAUUAGCAUUAAAACAUACUAGUAGGAUUAGAUUAUAUGAUGUUUUACGUUAUAAAAUUCAAAAAGAAUAUGAUAUUAACGAUCCAAUAGAUGAAAUAGAGGAAAAUAUAACAUUAUACGCGGAGGAAAUACCACAAGAUGAAAUCAAACUAGGCACUAAAGAUAAAGUUAUUCGAGUAUUUCAUUUUGCAAAGGAACCAUUAUGCGCGCAUGGAAUUCCAUUCAAAUUUGUUAUCAAAGCUGGUGAGCCCUUCUCUAUGACAAAGUUACGUCUUAAAUUACGCUUAGGAAUGAAUGAAAAAGAUUUCACGAAAGUGAAAGUUGCGGUCAUACAAGAACUAUCAUAUGCCAAACCUCAGUAUAUAGAUGAUAAUGUUAUUCUGUCAGAUUAUGAAUUGACAGAUGAGCUUCUAGGUCUUGAUCAUUUUGCGUCUCAAAAACUUGAAAUCGCA